UUCUCUCCGUGUCUUUUUUCUGCUGGCUGAACCGUUCAGUUAACGAAAACGGCGCCAAAAACUGAAUGUAACCAACUUGUCUCCGGUGUAGCCAAGUGGUAUCCGUUUAGAAAGCAGUCUAACUUUUAAAAGUAAAAUGCUUGUGAUAUGUACACAGUAUGUUAGUCACAUUAGUUUUUUCAAGUGAAGCAUGCCAUCUGUAAUACCUGUAUUACAAUGAAUUGAAUGAAUCAACUGUUGGCUGCAUUAGAAAACGGCGCCAAACUCGGUAUUAAUAAUUAAUAUGCUGUUACUGUAGCUAAGAGAACUAUCCGUUUUAUACAGCAAUCUAACCUUCAAAGUAAAAUUCUCGUCAAAUGUAUCUUAGUCACACUGUUUUCAAGUGAAGUAUGGCUGAUAAUUGUAUUAACUUGGUAUUUCCAUUUUCAUACGUUAUUUAGCUAGGUAAUUGGUGUCAACCAUUGUGAAUUCCAACAAACUCAUUUGCAGGUGGAUUGCUUGUGCAACGUAGACGUAAUACCUUUUUGCCGGACUUUUGUUGUUCCUUCUUUUUAAGGUAAGUCUAAACUAGUUUCUAUAGCUGUUCACGUUAAAGGGAUACCCCACUUCAAUGUGCUAGUGGCAAAGAAUUUUUGGACAAAUCAGCCACUUUGGGAGCAAUUUGUGCUUGAACCCUGAUGAUUACCACUUGCUGUUAUAUUUUAAACUAUUUCCCCCCCUUUUUUACAGGUAUAUAUUGAAGACCACUAUAGAUGUUCUGCCAUGUCAGAGUGAAGAGAGUUUGGAGCAAGAAAGGUUGGAAUUGCUUAGUGAAGUAAAAAAGAGGGACAAUACCAUGGUGAUCAAAGCAAAAAUGGCAAAAACUUUCGCGCUCAGAAGACAUGAAGUUGUCAACCUGUCCCCCAGAGUUGUGGAUUUUAAAGACAGAUGGCCUGCACUGUUUAACCCCCAGCAGAUAAAUGAAGAAUUCAGGAGAAUUACCACUUUGGAUUUAGAGCCAAAAUUUAUGCAGAUGUUGGACCAGUAUACCCCAAAUCUGUUGAGCAUAUUUUGUGCCAAAGGAGGAGCACUUGGGCAAACUUUGCAGGACAAAAUGGUUGCCAUUCAUCAGAACCCUGGUGGUGUUACUAUUGACCAGACAAGAGAAGUUGUCAUUCGUUGCUUGGUUCAUUACUUGGGUGAAAAGGAUGAUGAUCUCAUCCAGGAAUACCAUUGCGCCGAAACAGAUUUUCAGCAAGAUCUCAUGCACCACACAAUGAAAAUUUCUGUCUUUAAGAGGGGUGAGCAGGAUGACAUCAGCAUUGUCUUGGAGGGUGCCCAAGUAGUGAGUGGUUUAGGAAAUGUGGCUAAAGCUUGUGCCGUUCUUCUUGGCCUCACUUAUGCUCUAAAUCUGAGCUACCCUAAACAGCUCAGGUAUACAUUUGAAGCAUUUCAAAAGCUCAUCUUAGAGUUGGACACUUGUAAGUUUUCACCCAAAAUGCAGUCUCUUAAGAAUAAGCUUGCUUAAUGUAGUCAUGCAAUACAAUUUACUUGGCUGAACACAGUGUUAAAACAAGCAUUGACAUACAAGUUACAUUCUUUAAAAUGUUUUAAGAUUUACACCACAAAAAUGCAUAUUUGUUUAGUGAUGCAACAUCAGACCACAGUAUGAGGUGUGGCAAAUUUUCAGUUCAGGUACAGUUGAUCUGUAUAAUUAUGUAGAAAUUUGGGACAGUAA